UUCCCUCUUCUCCACUUCUCUGUCAGAUCUGGUGCUGUGGAGCACAGUGCAGCUGCGGGGAAGGACCCUCAUACAUCACCCCGAAGGAGGAGGCCAAUGAGAACCUCAGGAAGAAGAAGCCGAACUUUACUGUCACCUUCUAGAGGACGUCACCAUUCCACUGCUAAUUACUACGAAUGAAUCUACUGAUUUGCUUACUGGGUUCCAGCAGAUAAAAUGAGGACGGGGCGCAGUGCACACACGAUGGCCUUUGUGUCGCUCCUUGCGGUGACAUUUUUCUUAUCCAAUCUUGGGCAGAGCCAAGUGACUCCACCAACAAAAUUAAAGUACCAUGUAGUAGCACAGGAUAGUGUACAGAUUUCAUGGAAGGCCUCCAAAGAUAAAAUUAAAGGUUAUAAACUGCUUGUGACCCCAAAAUCAGAUGGGAGAACCAACCAACUAAAUCUUCAAAACACAGCGACCCGAGCAGUCAUCCAGAGACUUGAUCCUGAUCGCAGUUAUGCCGUGCAGGUCAUUGCAUUUAAUGAAGAUGAUGAAAGUGUGCCAGUGCGAGGAGAAUUUAGAAUCAAAGAUUUGGGGAAAAAAAAGUCUAGUAGAAAUCGUAAGGUUGAAAGUCAAAACAAUGUCCCAGAGGAAGACGUGCAAUUUUCUUGUAAAACUCCAGCAAAUGCAGAUAUAGUGAUUCUGGUGGACGGCUCGUGGAGUAUAGGUCGAGUUAAUUUUAGACUUGUCCGCCUAUUCAUAGAGAAUCUGGUCAGUGCAUUCAACGUUGGCAGCGGUAAAACCAGAAUAGGUUUGGCGCAAUACAGUGGAGAUCCCAGAAUAGAAUGGAACCUGAACACCUAUGGCACCAAAGAAGCUGUUAUAGAUGCUGUCCGUAACCUGCCUUAUAAAGGUGGAAACACACUCACAGGGCUGGCCUUAACCUACAUUCUGGAAAAUAGCUUUACGCCAGAAGCAGGGGCAAGAACGGAUAUUCCAAAGAUUGGUAUUUUGAUUACAGAUGGAAAAUCUCAAGAUGAUGUUAUUCCACCUGCCAAGAGCCUGAAAGACGCAGGAAUUGAACUGUUUGCUAUUGGUGUAAAAAACGCUGAUGUUAAUGAGCUGAGAGAGAUCGCCUCCGAGCCGCACAGUGACCACGUUUACAAUGUGGCCGACUUCAACAUCAUGAACUCGAUUGUUGAGUCUCUUACGAAAACUGUGUGUGAGAGAGUGGAGGAUAUAGACAUAACCAUUAAAGCGGACAUAGUUGAGGAGUUUGGCUCUCCAUCUGAAUUAGUCACGUCAGAAAUAACAGCAAGAAGUUUCCGCGUUAGUUGGACUCACGCUCCAGGAAAUGUCGAAAAAUACCGUGUGGUGUAUUAUCCAACUAAGGGAGGACAACCAGAAGAGGUCAUAGUUGAUGGCAGAGUGUCCACCACUGUACUCAAGAACUUGAUGUCUCUGACAGAAUAUCAAAUAGCUGUGUUUGCUGUGUACUCAAGGAGUACAACGGAAGGCCUGCGCGGUGCUGAAACCACAUUGGCAUUACCGAUGGCAUCUGAUCUCGAGCUAUAUGACGUCACCCACAGAAGUAUGAGGGCAAAAUGGGUUGGUGUUGCAGGUGCUACUGAGUAUAUGAUCCUCUAUGCUCCUCUCACCGAGGGAUUGGCUGCAGAUGAAAAAGAGAUGAAGGUUGAUGGUUCAGUGACAGAUGUUGAGUUGGAUGGAUUGACUCCCAGCACAGAAUACACAGUCACAGUCUAUUCAAUGUUUGGAGAAGAAGCCAGCGAUCCACUCACCGGGCAAGAAACCACAUUACCACUAAGUGCACCUAGAAACCUCCGAUUUUCUAAUAUUGAACACAGCAGUGCCACAGUCUCUUGGGACCACUCUGAUAAGAAUGUGAAUGGAUAUCGUAUUAUGUAUGUGAAAACCGGGGGUGCUGACAUCAAUGAUGUGGAAGUCAGAAAAGUUGCAACCACCGACUUAAGGAAGUUAUCCUCGUUGACCGAAUACACGGUGGCCGUCUUCUCUGUUUUUGAUGAAGGACAAUCUGAGCCCCUCACUGGCACUUUCACCACCAAGCCAGUGCCCUCUCCUCGUGAUCUGAAUGUGAGAGAUAUAACCUCACACAGUUUCAGAGCUUACUGGAUACGCUUUGCUCCAGAUAUUAUAAUGUACAGAUUGAAAUGGACGCCCCGCAAUGGUGGUAACACUCAGGAGGCUCUUGUAAAGGGAGAUGUCACCUCCUAUCUUAUGGAUGGCCUAACACACAGCACAGAACAUGAAGUUUCCCUGUCCGCUAUAUUUGCUGAUGAAACUGAAAGUGAUUCCUUAUCAGCUUUGGCUACAACUUUGAUAAGGACUACGACUACUCCAACUACAGCAAGACCUACGACACAAGUGAUCCGCUUGGGUAUCAGAAACCUUUUAAUAGAUGAAGAGACCACAUCCAGCCUCCUCGUUUCAUGGUCUAUGACAGAUGGCAACAUUCGCCAAUACCUCAUAUCCUAUGCUACUGCAAAUGGAGAUCGUGAAGAAACGAAAGUUGUGUCUGGAAGGGAAAAUGAAAUUGUGUUGCAGCCUUUGCUGCCUGACACUGAAUACAAAGUCAGCGUGACCCCCGUUUAUUUCAAUGGAGAAGGAAAUCCUAUGUCAACAUCUGGAAGAACGUUGCCCUUAUCUCCUCCCCGAAAUCUGCGUGUUUCUGAUGAAUGGUACAAUAAGCUGAGGAUUACAUGGGACCCCCCGCCUUCCUCCACCUUGGGUUACAGAAUUGUAUACAGGCCUACAAGCGGAGUCGGCCCAGCCCUGGAGACCUUCGUUGGAGAUGAUGUGAACACCAUUCUCAUUCUCAACCUUCUCAGUGGGACCGAAUACAACUUAAAAGUCCUGGCGUCCUAUUCGACUGGAUUCGGUGACCCUUUAACUGGAAUGGGCAAAACACUGUUUCUUGGAGUGACAAACCUGAGAUCCUAUCAAAUUAAAAUGACCAGCAUUUGCGCUCAGUGGCAGCCGCAGAGCCAUGCCACAUCCUAUAGAAUCAUCAUAGAGUCACUGAGAGAUGAAUCAAAGCAAGAAGCCAAUAUUGCUGGAGGAACAUCUAGACACUGUUUCUAUGACCUUCUACCAAACUCUAGAUACAGGAUCACCGUUUAUGCACAAAUUGAUGAGACCGAAGGUCCCGGCGUGAGCAUUGUGGAGACUACAUCGGCACUUCCAACUGCGGCACCCACCCGACCACUAACGCCACCUCCUCCUCCGACUAUUCCUGCUGCUAAAGAAGUGUGUAAAUCUACCAGAGCUGAUCUCGUCUUUCUUGUGGAUGGAUCGUGGAGUAUCGGAGAUGACAACUUCCACAAAGUCAUCAGUUUCCUGUACAGCACUGCCGGAGCCCUGGACGAGAUAGGCCCAGAUGGAACACAAGUUGGGGUUGCUCAGUACAGUGAUGACGCCAGGACCGAAAUUAAGUUAAAAUCCCAUAGAAACAAGGAGUCCCUUUUGGCGGCAAUCAAUGCCAUAUCUUACAAAGGAGGGAAUACAAAAACAGGCAGGGCAAUCAAGCACGUCCGAGAAGACCUGUUUACCGUGGAAUCCGGUAUGAGGAAAGGUGUUCCAAGAGUCCUGGUGGUGAUUACCGAUGGACGCUCUCAAGAUGACGCCAUCAAACUUGCUUAUGAAAUGCAGCAGGAAGGCUUCAGCAUUUUUGCGAUCGGAGUGGCGGAUGCAGACUAUGCAGAGUUAGUGAACAUUGGCAGCAAGCCCAGCGAGAGACACGUGUUCUUUGUCGACAACUUUGAUGCCUUCAAGAAAAUAGAAGAUGAAUUGAUCACUUUUGUCUGCGAGACAGCAAAAGCAACUUGUCCAUGGGCUUACAUUCAAGGCAACAGUGUGACAGGGUUCAAAAUGUUGGAAAUGUUUGGCUUGGUGGAGAAGGAAUAUGCAGCCUUGGAUGGGGUCUCUAUGGAGCCUGGAACCUUCAAUAACUUCCCAUGUUACAGAAUACACAAGGAUGCACUGGUGUCUCAACCUACCAAAUAUAUUCAUCCAGAGGGACUUCCUUCAGAUUAUACUGUUUCCUUCCUUUUCCGAAUUCUUCCUGACACCCCCAAAGAACCAUUUGCACUCUGGGAGAUCUUGAAUAAAGAGUAUGAGCCACUAGUUGGUGUAAUACUUGACAACAAUGGCAAGACGUUAACAUAUUUCAAUUACGACAGUAAGGGACAGUUUCAGACCAUUACCUUUGAAGGCCCGGAGGUCAAGAAGAUUUUCCAUGGCAGUUUCCACAAGGUACACAUAGUAAUAUCCAAGACGACUUCGAAACUGGUCAUUGACUGCAAACAAGUGGACGAGAAGCCGAUAAAUGGAGCUGGAAACAUCACAGUCGAUGGCGUAGAAGUCUUGGGAAGAAUGGUUCGAUCAAGAGGACCAAAGGACAACUCUGCCCCGUUCCAGCUCCAGUUGUUUGAUAUUGUUUGUACAUCUUCUUGGGCCAGUCGAGACAAAUGCUGUGAACUUCCUGCACUGAGAGAUGAGGCCACCUGCCCACCACUUCCAAACUCCUGCUCCUGCUCCCAGGAAAAUAAAGGGUUACCUGGACCUCCAGGACCCCCGGGCGGAUCAGGCAUGAGAGGCUCCAAAGGAUCUUCAGGAGAAAAAGGUCCACCUGGACCAGAAGGGCCCCGAGGCCCAGUAGGUGCACCAGGACAACAUGGACCACCCGGACCCCAAGGACCAAAUGGGCAUUCUAUUCAAGGACCGCCUGGAACACCUGGAACCAAAGGGGAAAAGGGAGAAGCUGGAGCCCAAGGAAUUCAGGGGCCUUCCGGACCAUCAGGGGCUCCUGGACGUGAUGGAAACGAAGGACCACGGGGAAUGCUAGGAAAAGAUGGCGCAACUGGCUCAGCAGGACCUCCAGGCCCAAUGGGUGCACCAGGCAACCCAGGAUCCCCCGGUGUUCCAGGCAGCACAGGACCUCAGGGAGAUUCAGGAACCCCGGGUUCUCCAGGCCAAAAAGGAGAAAGAGGAGAAAGAGGAGAUACCCAGUCCCAGAACAUGGUGCGUGUCAUUGCUCGGCAAGUGUGUGAGCAGAUCAUCCAGAGUCAUAUGUCAAGAUUCAAUUCACUUCUGAACCAAAUACCAAGUCAGUCUGUAUCAGUUAGGAGCAUUCAGGGACCACCAGGGGAACCGGGCCGACAAGGUCCUGCAGGACAACCUGGAGAACAGGGAUCACCUGGACGAGCAGGAUUUCCUGGCAAUCCUGGAAGCCCUGGACCGCCAGGAGAAAGAGGUCUAUCUGGUGAAAAGGGAGAAAGAGGCAACCCAGGAGUUGGAACUCAAGGCCCACGUGGUCCCCAGGGACCUUCAGGACCCCCAGGAGAAGGAAGGACAGGAAGCCAAGGACCUUCUGGGCCACCGGGACAACGUGGAUUGCCAGGCCCACAAGGAAAUCUUGGUCCUAUGGGACCACCUGGGCCCCCAGGUUACUGCGAUGCUUCUUCGUGUGCUGGAUAUGGCUUAAUACCUUACAAUGACUACCAGCCUUGAAGAUUACGACCAAUAGCGCUACGACUCUGCUUUGCCAGUUGGCUCCAAGCCACCAAUGGAAAAUAUAGUCCGUUUGACCAAUAAAAAAUAGACAGUAAUGAACUUGUCAUAAAAAAAAAACAAUCACUAAGUGAUGAAGAGGAGAGGAUAAUGUUCCAUGGAGGCCUCUCCUACCGUUUCUAUUAGCUGCAUAUCAAGCAUUGUCACAUAAGCCAAUGUACCUUGCUCGGGACAGCCUGAUAUACUGAAGGCUUGCCCAGAGCUAAAAGAAACCAAGAUACUGUGACAUUAUUCACUUCAUUGAUGUAAAUGUCUUUGGUUGAUUACACGUUCCUGGUGACGGUUUCCUAGUUAAAGUCUUCAACUUUAACUUUUCGUCUUGUUUCUAUUAAUCGUUCCAUGUUGUAAAUAAAGAUACAGUAUUUUAACUCAUGUAUAGCAUCUAGGCCCUGUUACCAUGUUUAUACCCCCAUAUUUGUAUGUUUAUGCCCUUUUGUAUAUGUAUUUAAUCAUUUAUACACUCAUGGUGGUGGCGGGUCAAGGUGGAUAUGGCGGUGAGCCUGGCCAAGGCAGCCCUGAAUCCUAUGGCCCAGAAAGUCCUUACGAUGAUGACGACAAUGAAGAUCCUUAUGGUGGAUACCAAGUGCCCUACCCUGCCUCCUACUCUCACGUUGGUUACCAUCAACCAGAAUUCAUACCAGAGUUUACACCGGUCCAAGGGGAAGAUUCGGAGGAGGUGAGGUCACCUGGGAUUAGCCGCAUAGCCAGAAGUAUUCAGAAAAGACCAUCCAAAUCUCUAAAAAAUCUUCAGGAUGUCUAAGUGGACUCAAUGAGUAGGUACUCAUAAUUUUGUGGUGGGACAGUCAUCAAGCAUUGUCUACAAUACAUUGUACAUAAUGUAAUGCACUGUUCAUGGAAAUUGUUUACGUAAAUUGAAAUAGUAAUUUUAUCCAUUUUUGAUCAAUACGUACUCUGAGACCAAAGGUAAUUGCAUAUGUCCUUUCUUUUGUGAGUCCUGAAAUAUGUGUGUAGUAAUAGACAAGGGUUAUAAUAAGCUAAAUAGACAAGGUGCUCAGGCACUUGGCCCCUCAUGAUAUUGGUGACAACUGCCUCAGGAAUCUCAAACAGCAUUAGCCUCACCCUACUUGCGUCCAUGUACAAAAUCCAUUGCAUCUAGCUAUCUACCACUUUUUGAUUGAGGUAAGAGAACAAUGGAGGUUUGUAGAAUGGAAAGUCUUUUCGAGGUUUUGGGUCAGGUCAAAUGAGAAGUCAUACUUCACAAUUUGAGGAGAACCCUUCAUAUUUGAGCCUCUAGCUUCACCACAGCUUAUUCUUCUCAUGAUCUCUCUGGAUCUAUCCAAUCCUACAUUCUACUUAGAGACCAAGAUAGAGUCAACAAAUUCAUUCAGUGGUGGGUUGUGCCAAAGAUAACAAGGGCCGACUUUGGGGCUGGCUUA